AUGAAACACUUCUUUGUCUUCUUUGUCUUCUCAUUUUUUGUGCUUACGGCAGCCAACUUUAAAUCAUUGCCUGGAGGCGAUCGAAGAAAACUGACAGCUGCUUGUGUUGAUUUCUGUAACGGUCAAUCGCGAUCAACGAGCACUGGAUUCAACUUUAAAAGCAACGGAUGGGAGCUAUGCAAUUGUCCAAUUGCACAAGGAUCACAUCAAUGGGCAAACUCUGGUUGCUGGCAAGAAUGUGUUGAUCGAUGCGUUUCAACAAAGGGAAAAUGUGCUGAUCCGAAAAAAAGCAACAAGAAAAAUCAAGGCCCAUGUUGCUCAACAGCUGACAACAAUUCCACAAUCGAAGAGCAAUGUUAUUCUACAGCAACUGGUCUUUGUUAUUGCAAUGGACAAAAUGCACAAUGUGGCGGUGGAGUGACAGUGAUUGGAGGAUUUGGAAGAAAA